UCUCGGUCACAUUCGGCACAAGAGCGCGCCCUGACGAGCGAGUGCGCGCUCCCGCGUUCUCCAGUAAAACAUGGCUGCACUCAGCAAGUCCAUACCGCACAACUGCUAUGAAAUAGGACAUACAUGGAGCCCAUCUUGUACGAUUUCAGCGCUGCAAGUCACAGCGGGGGCUCUGGAGGUGUCUCUCAAAAUAUAUGCACCAUUAUAUCUGAUUGCAGCUAUCCUAAGAAGAAGGAAAAAAGACUAUUACAAGAAGAGACUCAUCCUUGAAAUCCUGCAGUCUGCAUCGUUUCUAACUACAAAUGGAGGCCUGUACAUCGUCUUUUUCUGCCUACUUAGAAAGCUGCUGGGCCGCUUUUAUUCCUGGUCGUCAGGCUUUGGAGCUGCUCUGCCAGCUUCAUACAUCGCUAUUUUGAUAGAGCGAAAAAGCAGAAGAGGACUUCUAACAAUAUAUAUGGCAAACCUGGCAACUGAGACAGUAUUUCGGAUGGCUGUCACACGGGGCAUUGUUCAGCCUUUAAAACACGGAGAGGUUCUCCUUUUCUGUAUUACUGCAUCACUCUACAUGUUUUUCUUCAGAUGUAAAGACGGACUCAAUGGAUUUGCUUUCUCAGCAUUAAAGUUUAUUGUAGGGAAGGAGGAGAUCCCUACACAUUCUAGCUCGGCUGAUUUGCCUAGUGCACCUCUCUCAGAACAGCCAGCUUUACCUCCAGCUUUACCUCAAACAGGUGUAAGAGGUGUAACAGGUGCGGAACAGCCUUGCGGAAGAUCCAUCACUGCUCUUACUCGCAGGCUGCUAGACUCUCUAUGCAAACAUGGACCAAGACAUAGGUGUUGCAAACACUACCAAGACAACUGCAUCUCCUACUGCAUCAAAGGAUUCAUCCGCAUGUUUAGCGUGGGUUACCUCAUCCAAUGCUGUUUGAAGGUUCCAUCAACAUUUAGGCAUGUUUUCACCAAACCAUCACGUCUUCUAUCACUACUCUACAAUAAGGAGAAUUUCCAGCUAGGAGCAUUUCUCGGUUCUUUUGUCAGCAUUUACAAGGGAACUAGCUGUUUCCUGAGAUGGGUGCGGAACCUCGAUGAUGAACUCCAUGCACUUAUUGCUGGCUUUCUUGCUGGCACCUCUAUGUUCUUCUAUAAGAGCACCACCAUCUCAAUGUAUCUGUUUUCCAAGCUUGUGGAGACCAUUUACUUCAAAGGCAUCGAGUCAGGACACUUCCCCUACUUCCCUAAUUCUGACACAGUAAUCUAUGCCAUCUCAACUGCCAUCUGCUUCCAAGCUGCAGUGAUGGAAGUGCAAAAUUUGAGACCGUCAUACUGGAAGUUUCUUUUGCGACUGACCAAGGGCAGGUUUGCUCUGAUGAACAGAAAAGUGUUGGAUGUGUUCGGGACUGAGGCUUCUAGGCACUUCAAAGGCUUCACUCCUAAGCUGGACACCAGAUACACGCUGUUUUCUCAAGAUGCAGACAUACAGCUGAGUUAACAAGCCAUGGAGACCACUGCACUGACCACCCAGACAGCCUUUUUCCACAAAUAAUGUGAAUGGCAUUGCACAGGAUGUUAUUAUAACAUUCUGGCAUUGCCUGAAGGCAGUAUUAAAUCCUCAUAUCCACUCAUAAUCCUUGGAUAAAUUGAAACAAUUUCUUACCACAGCUAAACAGAUUGAAAUGUUGUGAGAAAUACGGCUUAUUUACUUGUUAUGGCCAUAGGUACAUAGCGUUCAUCAUUCAGUCUACAAUUAUGGUGUUGAGACCAUUAUUUAUGUUCUAGUUGGAAUUGUGAGGAUCUGAAGUAAUGGCUUAAUUUUAGAUGUGAUUUUAAACUAGACUGCUUACAGACAAAAGAAUGUGUAACACUGUUCAGAAUAUGUUCUGUGGAACAAUCUGGGUUUUCAUUCGCUCACGUCACCCCGUAUGAGCUAACAUGUAUCAGCCACGUGCUUUUCGGAAGAAUUUCCUCUGUAGCGAAAUGAAACGUUUUGCGUUCAUAUACUUACUGACAUCUCCUGAAAUGUAUAAAACAUAACCCAAGAGCAUUGAAGCAGAGAAAGCUAUAGUAAUUUUAAGUUAAACCCUACUUGCCCAAGAUUGACCCUGAUUGGGUACAUGCUUCUUCUGAUAGACAGCAUGUUCAUACAAUGAAACAAAGUGAACAUGUAGAAUUCUAGAAACAGUACAGCAGCACAGAUUUCUUUCUUUAAUUUUAAUAAAUAUGUAGUGAUUAUAUAUGUGAUCAGAAUAUUCUACUUGUAUGAAACUGUAAUUUAUGCAAUGUUGUUCAUGUUUCUAUAAUUAAAGAAUUUAUAUUAAAAUGUCUUCCACAGCA